AUGUUCGCAUCCACCGGCAAACGAGUGCUCUCAUCAGCCACUCCACCAUGGCUCACGACCCGCCUCCCCCUGCUUCCGUCAUGCCCGUCCUCCUCCGCACGCGCCUCUCACCCCUCCCUUGAUCGAGUCUUCUCCACCACGGUCCCUUACCGCAACGCCCCCAAUCCACACCUCACCCCCCUCCUCCGACUCGGACCAAAGCCUACGCCGUCCUCAACCGCCCCCAGAGUGCGCCGUCUGCGCUCGCCUUACAAGCUCUCGAUGUACUCGACUCCGAACCACACGAUGAUCACGCUCUCCACCCAAGCCUCGACGAUCUCUCAAUUCGUCGACCGUAGCCACGAACCCACGAGGGAAGAAGUGAAUCAAUCCUUGACGGUGCUCACUCUAACGACGCGAAUGCACGCGACGUCGCGUUUGCCUAAAGGCAGUCGUAAGAGUGAUCUAGGGCGCAGAUUGGGUCCGGAGGGUGUCGGCGAGCAAGCGCAAGAGAUCAGUGCCUUGAUGUUGCACAAGAUCAAAUCGAUGCUCAAAGUCGAAGUCCAAGAAGUUCAAGAAAAGAAACCUGACCCCACUGGCGAAAUCGCGGCUUCCCGGGGACUUGACCCGCGUAUCAUCGGUUCGACGCGAUACCCGUGGCCAAGACCUACAUCGAUCAAGAUGGAAUAUAGGGGGAAAGGGCCGGGCAGGAAGGCGUUCUAUGCUAUCUUCACCGGGCCGGAAGGACAAGGAUUGCAGGAAUUGAUCGAGGGGGUCGAGGAUGACGUGAGUUCGACUGCAGCUGGAGCUUCGGGAUCGGGCCUUGAUCGGUGUCGAGCGCUAAUGUUUUGAGGUGGUGGUGGUGGCGUGGGUUCGAUCUAGUUGCCAAAAAGGGAGAAAGGCCAGUUCCCUAAGAAGAGGAUGUGCGUACCGAUUCCUUGAAUUAUGCACCGUUACUCCCCGUUCGGAGGAAAAGAAAGGCGCCCCCAGCACUGAUCCUCCACUUUGCAAUCUGGCUUUCCCGAACAGUCAUAUCCUCCGUGAACAAGAAGCGAGACGGAUCAAGGAAAAGAAAGAGGACGAUGAGGCAAUGGCGAUGGCGAUGGAACAGAAGGCAAACAGGGUUUACAGGGAAGAAUCAAGGACGAAAGAGGGUUCAACGGGUCGAAGCGAGAGAUCAGGAGGGAGGCGCUAG